GGGCUUUAAAACUCCAUUCUAUUGGGCCCUUGUCCACACUUUCUGAGAUUUGGACAAACGUCAAAAAAAUGACCGGACUAUCUUUUUCAGUUUGAUAUUUCCGUGAAUAGUCUCCGCCAGUAUGCAGCUUGAGACUUGAGAAUACUGGAAAGAAGAGAUAAGAGGGUUUUAGCAUUAUUAUUUCAUUGCAACUUUUGUAGGGUUUUUGUGUCAGAUACUCAGAUUGCUUCUGGAGUUUUUGACCCUGACUCCCUGGGUAGCCGAUUGGGGAAAUCAAACUUUUGAGCAGGUGAACGGAAAUGGAAGAACAACACAAUCCACAAGGCGGCAACUCCCCGACCGUUCGAGGCGGAGGUGUAUCUGUCAAGGAAUGCGAAAAUAUGAUUAAACGAAGCCUUAGAACUCCCACGGUAAAGUUUUUAAAAGAGCAUAUGGAAAAGGCUGGAUGUAACAUCAGCGAUAACUUCAUGAAGGCUGUUCAUUGCGACAAACAGAUCAGUGGCGGUUACCUUCGCGGUGAAGGGAUAAUGGUAUGUGCUAAUUAUAUGAAUCUUCAAGACGAGGUUAACCAAGUGGUUAUCCAUGAGCUUAUUCAUGCAUAUGAUGAUUGUCGAGCUGCAAACUUGGACUGGACUAACUGCGCUCACCAUGCUUGCAGUGAGAUCCGUGCAGGUCAUCUUAGCGGAGACUGCCAUUAUAAGCGUGAAAUUUUGCGGGGAUUUAUGAAGCUUAGAGGUCACGAACAGGAAUGUGUGAGACGAAGGGUCAUGAAAUCUGUUAUGGGGAAUCCACAUUGCUCUGAAGCUGCUGCCAAAGAUGCCAUGGAAGCUGUUUGGGAUGUUUGUUACAAUGAUACUAAACCCUUUGACAGAGCUCCUUGAUAUUUGUUACAACACAUUUUUAUUUUGCAUUGCACAUUCUUUUGCUACAUGUAUACUAUGAAAAGAGAGCUUCAAUUUUAGGCUUUAUGUUUUGGUCGAAGCACCAAAAAUUUAGUCUGUAGCUGCAACGUUUUUGACUACUUACUGCAGUCAUUGAAUAGAAUGUUGAAUCAAAUUUGAAGAUUCUUGAAUACUUUUCUGUAGCCAAUCAACUUGAUGCUACUUAUGAAUGCUAAAAUUGAUAUAUGUAUUUGAUUCCUUCAUUGAGAUUAUGAUGGAAGGGUUUUUAUCCUGGGUUUUUCCACUGAAGAGAAGUACUGGUAGCCUAAAUUUUCUAUUUAGCUUAACACUGUUUGGAGAGAUUAGGCAAUAUAUUGGCGUGCUAUUAUUGUCAUUCCUCCUGGUUGUGAAGAGUAUAAAUUAUACUUGUUUGAAUGCAACUAUUUGUUUCACUGAUAAUUUGUGUCUUACUAUGUGAAUGUUGGCUUAUCAGACCAUUUAGGCAUUUCUGUUUGCUUUUGCGGCUGAGAUAUGUUUGUGGUAUUUGUUUGGAGAUCAUAUAUGUGCUCAGCAAAUUUAGAUGAACAAGCCUUUAUAAAGUUCUAAACUGAACCCUCUUAAAACUCAGAAGUUUGUACUUAGGAAGCUACAAGUAUGGUGAGUGUAGGUUACUGCUGCAGAUGCUUGAACAGUAUUCUGAGUCUAAAGCGGAAAAGUGGAUUGUGUGGGCCCUUUCAUUUAGAAAUUGUGGUUUUUAUAAGCAGAAGCAGAAGAAACAAAAAGAAACUAGGAAAGCAUUCCAAGCAUGCAGGCUCCUGAGUUGGAUUUCAUACAUCCUAGAAGAGAAUUUAGUCUUAGUGUGGGACCUUCUUUUCGUGGCUCAACAAGCACUAGGAAAAGGUAGAAAAAUGAAAUAGUGUACAAAUGGAGUUCUCAUGUAUGCUAUAUAGUAUUUAUAGGGUGAUUCAUGUUCAGCUCUGAAACAGAAGUACCAAAGAUGGGCAUUAUCAUGAAAUUUAUGAUUUGGAUGUUUUUGCUUUCUCAAUGUUCUUGGAUCUCGGGUGUUCAAUCAUCACACUCGCAACAUGCAGGUGAAAUCUUUGAUCGCUCUUAUAAUUAUGAAUAUAGAGCUUAGCGGCAGCUUUUCGAGGGGGGCUCAUUCUGUUUCAUGGUUGUAAUUUAUAACAUCUGCAGCAGGUAUAACUGGAUUGUGGACUGAGGAUGAACAUAAGAAAAGAGAGGAGCAUCCUGUAGGGGCUGCUUUUGGGUGGUCGGCGGAAGAUUAUUCGGUGCCAGGGAGGAGAAGAUCCGUGCAUAAUGACUUCAAACCUUGAGUAGGGUGUAUUGAGAUAGUUUUUGCUUCUACAUACUCCAUACUCUAAUGCAUAUUGCUUGUUUUGACAUCCGGUUAUCUGUUAGUGUAUAUUUGCUAAGUUUAUGGCUGACGGCUUUUUUCUUAUACAAGCACUUUUUAUUCCACAACACAAAUGGUCAAUUUCAUUUUGGGGUGUAUUCGGGAUGAAAGCCUGUAACCUAUAGUCCCAUCACUUACACUUAUUUAGUGUUGAUGAGAUUUAUUAGUUGAGGUUCGAGAACUAUUGCAGCG